GUUGUAGUGAUGAAGUAAUGAACUUCACCAUCAAUGGACAAGAUCGCAAAAGGGAUACCAAAUUUGGUAAACCACCAAUUAACCAUCAUUCAUCAACAUCUUCAUUAGUUAAUAAAUGUAAAAUUAAUCUGGUUAGAGGUGAAAAAGCUAAUACCAAAGAUGAGUCAAAUGUACCUCGACCAGUUUUACAUCCAGUUCAAAUUGAUUGUAAGCACAAUAAAGAGUUAUCACAACAGCAGCUAUUAACAAAAUCUAAUCAACACAAUGAUCAACAUCAUCAACAACGAGAUACAGUUUAUGUGAAACCUCGACGUCGAGAUAUUUCAAAAGCCAAGCGCGAUUUGAAACAGUUAAGUGAAUCUUCAAAUGCCAAUAAUGGAUUAAAUACAACUGAUCAAGCCGAGUUAGAACGAAUCAGGCUUUUAUUAUCAAAUCUUGAUAGUACUAAAUAUCGAACACGAUCAGGUAGUAGAUCUCGAGCUUCAUCUGUAAGUGAUUCAAAUCGAUCCAGUUUAAAUACAAAUCCGCCAUCAACAACACCUUCAACUGUAUCCAGCCAGACAAAUCACAAAUUGAAAACAGUGCGACAGUUGAGUGAUUUAACCAACUCUGAUGUUAAUCCAGCAUUCCCACCAAUACCAUUGUUGACAAAUGUUGAGGUACAAUCAACCCCAUUUGGUACUAUCCGGAAAUUUCGUCGUUCAUUAUCAGCAGCUCCAUUAUUAAUAACCAAAGAAUCCACCAAAGUAUCAUCACCAUCUUUACCACCAACUGCGCCAUUGUUUCCUAGACGUUCAGGCCAUCCAAAAUUAAGGGAAUUAACGAACAGAAAUUUGUUUUCCAAAUCUUGUGAUGUUGAUAGUUACAACAGUAACCAUAAUGUUAGCUUGAAUAACACUGUUACAGCCCAUGAUAAUCAUAAUAAUCACAGCAAUAGCAAUAGUGUAAGAAGCAAUAGAUUUGGGUUUAACACUAAAACAGUUUCCGGAUUAGUUAAAAAGCAAAAAUUAACCGCUGGUUCAGUUAAUGAUAAUCAUGAUGAGGAGAAACAGAAGAGGAAAGAGAUAAAUGUAGAUGCUCUUGUUGUUGCUGCUGCUGCUCAAGAUGAUGACGAUGAUGACAAGUGUAUUGUUGAUGGAGUCAAGACGACAAUUCGAGCUAAAUCAGUGGAUAGAGUAGUUUUACUUAGAGAAAAUAAAAGGAAAGAUUCAAGGAAUAAAAAUAGUAUUGGGAGAGGUUCACUGAUGAUGAUGGCCUCUCCAUCAGCCUCUUCACCGACAUCUCGAUCUUCAUCGCCAUCCACAGUUAAUUUAGCCACAGUAUCAUCAUCAAUGGAAUCAAGUCAAGUUGAUGAACUUGCUAUUGACAAAUGUUCUUCUAAGCUCGAUUCAACGUUGAUUCGUUCAUUAUCAAUUUCAUCUUCCAACACUAAACAAAGUGACAAUCAAGUAAAAUCAAAAAUGGAUCUUAGAAGAAGUACAUCAUUGAUAAUUAUGCCAAAUCGAUUGGAUCCAGUUGUUGAAGAGGAAACAACAUCUAAUGAUGGAAAUAACAAUGUCAAUGAUAAUACUGAUACACAGCAUGGUGGAAUCGCCAAGUUGCAACCUCCAGCGAAAAAAGACCCAUCCAAAGAAAAUCAAUGUUCAACUUUACCUAGACGAAAUUGUCAUCAAACAAGUGAUUCAAUAAAAUAUAAUCAGCUGAAAGAUCGCUUAAAACCUUCUUGGAUUAAAGGUAAAAGUGAUAAAAUGAAAGACCAACAAGUAAAGCCAAUUACAUCUAUACCACCACCACCGCCUCCACCGCCACCACCACCUCCACUACCACCAUCAACAGUGCCAGCUUCAAUGCAACGACAAUUAGAUUUUAAUUGCGAUGACGGAACAACACCGUCUGACAGUGAAUCGCUAUCAACAGCAUCAGAAACUUUGCCUAGUUUAGGUAGUUGUCUCAACCUUGGUGAACCCAGUGGAUCUGGUUCAGUUGCGUACCGUCGUGCCCCUAAACUAUCCUGUACUAGUCCAUUUCGUCAGAAUCAAUCCAUUGAUCUAGGAGAGUUAAGGUCACAUCGAUUGUCUCAUUCUUCAUUAGAUGAAUUACCACCGCCAUACUCUUCUUCAUCCUCAUUAACACCUAAAGUUGAUACAGAGGAGAGAGAAGGCCUAGAGGCAGAUAACUUAUUGGAAUACAAUGACAACAAUAAUAAUAACAGUAAUAACAGCAAUGUGGAUGAGGGUGCUAAUUGUCAGUUGAAAGGUAAAACUGGAGAUAAUUCGUGUCAUGUUAAUGACUCACGAAUAACCAUUUUACCAGAGAAAAGGUUUCGACGUAAAGGUCAUAUUUUAAUGGGUGAUCAACAUCCAAUGUCGGUUCAAAAUGUAAUUACUAGAGAGCAAAAGGGAACCCAGGCAAUUACAGGUCAAACUUUUUCACCUUCGCGUAAAUCAUCUUUGCCCGAGGGAAGGGUCUCUUGUUCUAGCGAGUCUCUUUUAGAAAGUGAAGAAAUAGAAGAUCAAAGACCCCAGCAAAUAGAUUACAGUGAAGAUGAUGAUGGGUCAGCCUUGAAGGACCAAAAGACUGAAGCCCAGCGGUCUUCAAGUGACCAGGAACAACAAGGUGAACAGAAAAGUGAACAACAUCGUGAUCGUGAUUACAGACCAAGUGUUCAUAGGAGAACAGUUUCUGCCGUAUUACCUUUGGGACAAAUUGAUGAUGAUAAUGAUUCGUCUGAUAGAGAGUUAAUUAAAAGAAAUGCCAGUGGAGGCGGAUCAGAUUCAAUUAAAGAUGAAGGUUCAUCAAUUAAUUAUUUAUCCUCUAACCAAAGUCCAAUUCGUGAAAAAUAUCGGAAUAUUGAAAGACACCAUUCAGACACAACCGGUCGGCUAGGAAGUGAAUCAGUUAAUAUUGUUGAUUUAAUUAGAUCAGCCAAAGCAUCGGUUGGUUCAACUGAUUUUAAAGAGGAUUCAUCAAGUAAACUUGAUGAUAAUUUAAUGUCAACAUCAGCAACAGCAUCAACAGUAGGUGGAAGCUCAUCUGAUAUCAAUUCACGUCGAUUAUCAUCAUCAACCAAGAGGGCAAGUUCAUCAACAUCCCAAUUAAAUGUAUCCUCAUCAAUUGGAUCUCUUGCUGGUGGUAGCGGCAGUAGCGGAGCGGGUCAAUAUUCAAAUUCAUCUCUUGAUUAUUCCGAAAGUUCAACGUUAACUUAUCCUGGAGGUCUUUUAAUGGGUUCAAGAGGUUCUCCUUUGGGUCAAACUUUGGGUGGUAGUUCAGUUGGUCCUCCAAGCACUCCAAGUACUCCAAGUGUCUCUGGUUCAUCGUCUUUAACGAGACCUCGAUAUACCAAAAAACCUUUGCGAGGACCUUAUGGUGAAAUGUUGGAAAAAGAGAUUAGAAAAUCUUCAAUGUCAGAGAAGCAAAGAUCAUUGUAUGCUGAUUUGGCCUUUCUUAAUGAUCUACUCGAGGCCAAUAAACGACGAUCAAAAGAUUCAACAAGUGAUUUUGGUGGGUCAAACUUUAAAGGUUCAGAUUCUGAGAUAUCAUCUGAACGAAAAAGUGGACUUUCUAAUUGUUCAUCACUUGAUGAUUCGACCAAACGAACCUCGGAUAUCAUGGUAUCCGAGAUAAGUGAUUUUGAAACCAAUCCAAGUCCAGGUCGAGUGUCAACUCCAUCAAUUGAUGUAUCCGAUUCACCUCAUCAUCAUAUCUCAACACAAUCAGCUCAUUCACAAAACAAUUUAACCACACCGCAGUCACAGUUAAAACCCAAACAACAGCAACAUCAACCCCAUACUCAUCAAAAACCUUCACGAAAACAGGCAAUCUCAUCUUCACCCUCUAUCGCGACAGGUGACACUAGUUCAGUUAAAUACCGUGAUCCACUGAUGAGCCAAUUACCAGAAGCAGAAGAAGAAUCUCUGCUCAAUCAGAUUUCAAGUGAACCAGAAUCAACAGGACGAUGGAAUAAAUCCAAUCAUAAAAGCUCCUCUGACCCUUUUAGGCGAAGCAUCUUCGCCAAAAGGCACACCGAUACUCGGACUCAUGUUGUUGGUGAACUUUACGAUACCGAGAAAUCAUAUGUUGAAUCGCUUCAAAUCCUUGUCAAUAAAUAUAUGAAACCAUUAAAGUCAGCUGAAUGCUCCAAUUUAGUUGAUAGUACUCAGGUUGAUCACAUAUUUUAUCAAAUUCCUGAAAUAUUGAAGCACCAUGAAGCUUUCCUGGAAUCAUUGAAACAACGUUUAACCAGUUGGGACUCAAAACAAAAGGUUGGCGAUGUUUUUGUUGAAGCUUUUACCAAACAGCCCAUUAUUGAUACUUAUACAGCAUUCAUCAACAAUUGGAAAAUAGCCAAAGAUACAAUUAAAACUGCAAUCCAAGCCAAACAAGCAUUUGCUCGCUAUUUAGAGAAUAUGUCUCGUGAACACAAAGGUAAACUCACCUUGGAUGCCAUUUUAAUUAUGCCUGUUCAACGUAUUCCUCGAUAUGAGCUUCUAAUCAAGGAAUUGAUUAAACACACUAAUGUUGAUCAUCCUGAUCAUCAACUUCUUCUGAGGGCUCAGAAAGAAGUUCAUGAACUUGCUCUUAAAAUUAAUCGAAUGGAACGAGAAGCAUUUGAACAAGAACAAAUGGCUCAAAAAAUUAAGGAUAUUGAACAUUUCAUCGAAGGUGGUGUUGAUUUAUCUUCACCUGAUCGAACCUUUAUUCGGUACGAUUUUGUAACCAUACCUGGAGCCCUUGGAACCAAAAAGGAAAGAUGUCUCUUCCUCUUCUCUGAUCUUCUUGUAAUAACCAGCAUCAAGAAAAAAAGCAGUGCCACUCGUAAAUUUUCAACCUCAUCCAGUGGUACCUCACCCUUGUCCACUUUGGAGGGAAACAAGUAUAAAUAUUUAACUCGAUUCCCUUUAGAGUCUGUUGAUACUGCUAAAGGUGGUGAUGGAAAUUUACGGAAAACAAUCAAAGAGAUCGACAGUUUGAGAGAAGAUGCUGGAAUCUUGAAUCAAAUCAACGAACUUAUGAAUAACCUAAACUCUGGACAUCAGGCUAUGGAGGAAGCUGUGAGAGCAUUACAUAGCGAAGUGAACAGACAAUUGGUCGAAAAACAAACAAACGAUUCUCAGCUAUUAUCUAUUGAACUUCAAGUGACCAGUCCUGAAGUUGUUGAAAACCUUGUAAUCAUAUUUCCUAGCACCGAGAAACGGGCUGCAUGGGAAGAAUCCUUUGAAGCAGCCAAGACCAAGUUUGCAAUAACAAAUAAUCAAAAGCCUCCACCAGAAUUUUUGUGUAGCAUUCCAAUCCGGAAAACCCGAGCUGGACUACAAUUUACUUGUGCAUCUCCAACCUUGUAUCGUAAUCAAUACAAUUUAAAAGACGUUUGGAUCUGUAACUCUGAUGGUUUUGUUGGUCAAGUUUGUGUACUUACCUUGCAUCCAACUCCAACGGUUGCCUCUUGUAAUGGAGUCUGUAAUGGACAAAUACUUUGUCUUGCUUCAAUUCCAGCAGCAACAAUAAACAAUAAUUGCUAUCCAGUUUCUCUUCGUCGAUCAUAUGUUUCAGAAGAACCAUUAUUCAGUGAAACCAGUGGUCUAGAAGGCACAGAAACCGAAGCGAACACCAAUUGCUCCAUAUUGACAUCAACCUGUUCAACACCAUCUUUGUCCAAUUUAUCCUCGGCUUCCAUCCAAAGCUCACCUCCAGCCUCAUCAAAUUCAUUUCUAGUCAUAUCUGCUCGGCCCGAAUCAAUGGGAGCCUCAACAUCACCUUCACGUUCAUUAACACCAACCCCGUCAACCAAAAGUAAACAGUCAACAAGUGUUCAUAAUUCACCUAAUCCUCAUACCCAUCAUCACCACCACCACCAUCAUCACCAUCAUCUUCACCAACAACCAACUGGUCACUCUUCUUCAAGUCAAUUUCAACUGGAUUCCGAGUCUUCAGAUGAGGAAAGUGAAUCAUCGCUAAUAGAGGAAACUGAUCUCAUGCGUCUCACCUCUGAAACAUCACAUUCACCCGUGGAUUCGUGUCAUUCAAUUGAUUCCGAAGCAAAUCAGCCCACAAUGUGGUUUGGAACUAGAGACGGAAAUAUUUACAUUUAUAACUGCAACGAUAAUAUAAGGAUAAGAAAAAAUAAGCUGAAAAUUCAAUUACAAGCUGCUGUUCAUUGCAUUAUAUACAUGGAAAAAAACGUUUAUUCAGGUUUAUCUAACGGCCAGAUUGUUGUCUUCCAACCAGACUCAAAUGGUACUUGGUCAACAGCGGAUUAUAAGCUAUUUACCAUAGACAGCGGUCCCAUUUAUAAGCUUUUACAGGUUGCUGGUAAACUUUGGUGCUCGGCUGCUAAUCAAAUCAAAGUCAUCGCGACUUCGACCAUGGAAGUCGAGAAAUCAUUCCAAGUCAACAGCGAUCCGGAAAAGAUUGUUCUGAACAUGGUAAACUCUGGAUUAGGAGUUUGGAUUUCAUCUCAAGGAUCAUCCAUCAUCAAACUGUACCAUGGAACCAGUUAUGAAUGUCUUCUUGAAGUUGAUGUUGCCCCGGCAGUCACGAAAAUGUUAGCAACUUGUGAUGAAAUUAUUAGGCAACAUAAAGCGGCUUGUCUUCGGGUUACUGCUAUGUUGGCUUGUAAGGAUUUACUCUGGAUUGGAACCAGUGCGGGGAUCAUCAUGACACUUCCAUUACCUCACAUAACUCCAUCGACAACUUCAAUUGAUCAUUGCCCAAAUAUUUCAGGUAUACCUCAUGGACAUACUGGUCAUGUACGUUUCUUGACAACCGUCGACGUUCCAUCAAGUCAAUUAUCAUCACCAUCAUCAGCUUCCAGUCCCCAUAAUCAUCAUUAUGACUUAUUUCAUUCCAAAUCUUAUUCUCACUCAAAAAGAUCCUCAAGUCAGCCGAACCCAAAUCCAUCUUCUAAAGCUUCUAAGAUCCUUGUAAUUUCUGGAGGUGAUGGUUACGAAGAUUUCUCAAACUUUGGACACAAUGAUUCGGUGGGGCGCGAUGACAGUACCAAUCAUUUGUUACUUUGGCAUGUGUAAUUAAAGGAAAAUGUGGUAACAAUCUGAAUGAUUCAUGAAGAUAUUUUAUUGCAGUGCAUUUGAUUUCGAUAACAAUUUCUAUUUAACAAAAUUUAGAUUAGACAUUUAAUUUGCUCAAGCUCCAGCUUGUGCGCUGCAUUGUGAUAAUUAUUUAUAUAUAUAAAUAUAUGAUCAAAUGAUUUAAUUAAUUGAAAAUUUGAAAAAAAAUUAAUGUAAUCCUUAAUAAACCGAUUUUAUCGAUUGAAAAAAAAUCACAAUGAUGGUGAAAGGGGAUAUGUUGGUGUAAAGGAAAGAUGGGACUUGGUUUCGUACGUAAGCUCAUCUGAAUCACUAGUUCCUAGCAUUGGAUUGUAUUCCUGAGAUGAUGGUAAAUCUGGAAACAGUGAGACAGUUAUGAAAGAAUCGUUUCCAUCCAUAAUUUGCUUUUGUGACAGCGGAAUAUUGAUCACAAAAGAAUCAUCAGAGAACAUUCGCUCCUUUUCUUGGCUAUUGUAAUCCAUUCUUGCGACCGUUCCAGUCUUUUCUUGGCUUUCAUUUUCUUUAUUAUUCUCGUCUUUAUCUUCAUUUUCUUUAUUGUUCUCGUCUUUAUCAUCAUUUACUUCGUUAGUUAGGCUUCGCAUUGAAUAGUCCUUUAUUUGAUUACUGCCUUCAAUAGCAUCCAUCCUUGCUAUAAUUGUUUCAACUUCUUUAGUAGAAUCUUCAAUUUCUUGAUCAGAAAAAAGUUCAUAGCACGAUUCAUCACCCAUAAAUGACAAUAAAUAGUCUUUUUUUGAA